AUGAAUCUUUUCCGGUUAUUAGCCGACUUCUCCCAUCUGGCGUCGAUCUUCAUGCUUCUGCAGAAGAUGAAGACGUCAAGCAGUUGUUCUGGGUUGUCGUUCAAAUCGCAGGUGCUAUACCUUCUCGUUUUUGUCACUCGGUAUCUCGAUCUUUUCUGGACGUUCACCGACUCCCUGUACCUCACCACUUUCAAGCUUCUAUUUAUCGGUUCCUCGGCCUACGUCAUCUACCUUAUGCUCAACGACUACAAACCCACACAUGAUCCCAACAUCGAUACUUUCAAGGUCCAAUACCUCCUCGGAAUUAGCGCGGUGCUCGCGAUUCUCUUCCCACGCGAUUAUCGCAUCUCCGAGGUUGGCUGCAUCCUGUCUAUGGUGUGGAAACGUCCAGACUAA